GUUAAUGAUAUCGAUUCAGCUGUUGGUGACUGUUAAGGUUCAUUCCUCAUGAAUGUGAUUCUAAAAUGUAGUAGUAUCAGUGGAAUAUUAUGCGAUAGACUUAAGAAGGAGCUGUUGCCUUUCCAUGUGGCACAGAAUAGUGAACAUUGCCGAAAAAAGAGGAACAGCUGGAUUCUGCGGGGAAAUUUAAUAGAUGUCCACCUCUGACAUGGAAAAUGUGGAUGAAAACAAGAGUAGUGAUCAUCAGAACAGAAAACAUGGCCCUCUACCUUGGGCUGAGAUUUCAGUUUAUUGGGUUGUGUGGAUUUCUUUGUUAUCAUGUGCCAUGUACAGCAUUUACAAAGCUUCUGAAGACUAUAAAGAUGAGAUUUAUGCAGAUGACCUACAGGAGGGAUGGAAAUUUAUUGGAAGAAAAAAGGAUGUGACUGAUUUUGAGUGGGAAUUUUGGAUAAGUGCAAUAAAAUCCUUGAUGCCUGCCAUGUUGGUUCACAUGCUUGGAGGACUCUUUUUCUCAAGAUUUAUUCCACAGCUCAAACCACUGUAUUGCCUUGCCUUUGCCUUAUCAUUUCUACUUUAUAUCACCGGCCUCAAACCAGUUUUGUUCAUGGUUGGACAUUGCCUGCUUGUUUAUGCCUCUUGUUUCUUGUUCAAGUCAAUCAUUGCCAUGUGGAUCUGCUCUCUUGGUAUUGUUCUCUCUCUACAGAUACACUCAGUAAGAAUGUGGCAGAUUAAUCCUCUGAGUCCAAUCGGAGAGAUAAAAAAUUUUACAUUAUUUGUAUGCAUGAUGGGAAACCUCCGCUGCAUAAGCUUUGGAAUGGAAUAUUGCUGGCGAUCACAUGAGAUGGAAAAAGACAAACCCCUAAAGCAGUAUUCGCUUAUAGACCUGCUGGUCUAUAACUUUUAUUUGCCGUUAUUUGCCAAUGGUCCUGUUGUCGACUUCGAUACUUUUCAGAGGACAUUUUAUCAACCGUACAGGCCGUUUACUAGAGAAGAGGUAAAAUCCCUUCUAUGGGGAACAGCACGCACCCUAUUCUGGUACUUUUUCCUAGAGUGCUAUUUACACUUUAUCUACUCGACGGCCUUUACUCAAGACCCUCGCUUAUUUAGUGCCUUGGACAAUUGGGCCCUGUGUGGGAUCAUGUACUCUCAGCUACACAUCUUUCUUGUUAAGUACAAGGUGUUCUACCGCUGUACAACCUUACUGGCGGAGGUCGAUAGAAUCGAAGUUCCUUUACUUCCCAGAUGUGUCACGACACUGUACCUCUUUACUGACAUGUGGAAAUACUUCGACAGGGGUCUUAAUUUCUGGAUGAAAAGAUAUAUUUACAUACCUCUGGGAGGGUCCCGCACAGGUGUUUUUCGUCAAAUUGUAGCUUCGUUUUCCGCUUUUGCCUUUAUAUGGCUGUGGCAUGGCGCGCAUGCGCACACGGUAUGGUGGUUCAUCCCUAAUUGGAUUGGAGUUGUGGUAGAAUCUAUGGCAGGCAUUGUGUUAAAGCUUCCUUCUGUCAGACGAUGGGAGGACAAGCUUUCUCCAGCAGCAUCCCGCCGAAUUCGCGCCAUGUUUGGUGUUGUGACUGUGUCCUGCUUGAUUCUAAGUAACCUAGUGUUUUUGAGUGGAUCCGAACCCAUUUGGUUUUACAUCAAGAGAAUGUUAUAUUUCGGUUGGCCCUCGUCAACUCUUCUGAUACUUUUUACCAUGUACCUCGUUGUACAAACAAAUAUGGAACUCAACCGACACAUAUCCAAGUGGUGAUGGAACUAAUUUUGAAUGAAACUUAUGGUUAUCGGGGAAAGGUGUUUUUCGUCUUGUCACGAGCGUGAGACAAAGAAAAAAUCUGAGUCCCCAUGAGGAAUCGAACCUCAGACCUUCGAAUUCCGCACUGCGAUGCUCUACCACUGAGUCACAGAGACUCUGCGGUGAGCGAGGUCUAUUAUGAAGUUCGUAUGACACGCGUCCUGCAUAUUGCUAGGAUCAGCAUGUGUCGAUAACAUCAUGUUUGUAAAUAGAUUAAGAGAGAUGGUAAGUUUUUAGCUCGGCAAAAAGAAACAGAGAAGUUAUUAUGGUUAUUAAUGAUUCAAAAACAUAGUAUGAUUUGUUAUGAUAAAUUGAUGACAGAAAAUAUAACUUCUCGUAUGUUAUUGUUUCAUGCUUAGAAACAGUGACAUUAGCAUUUUGGAAAAUUUAUUCUGGAAAACCUAUGAAAUAGGAAUGAAUAAAGUACUGUAUACUACGUGA